AUGGCUGCGAGGGCACGACUCGUUCUUCUUCCCUCUGAUCUUCGAAGGACCUGCGUGCAAAAUCAUUGUGGAAAUUUUGCUUUGAUUGGUUUUUCAGAUGCGGAUUAUGCUGGUUAUCAGGUGGAUAGAAAGAGCACUUCAGGAUCAUGUCAAUUCUUGGGAUCAUCUUUGAUUUUAUGGUAUUCUAAAAAGCAAAAUUCAGUGGCUUUAUCUACGGCUAAAGUGGAAUACAUAGUAGCCGGUGCAUAUUGCUCUCAAAUUUUAUGGAUUGCACAACAGCUUCGAGAUCUUGGAGUUGAUAUCAAAGAAAACCAAUUACCUGAUAAAUUUACAAAACCUUUAAGCCCUGAUCGUUUUGCACAUAUUCGUAUGGAACUUGGAAUGUUGAAUGAUUUGGCAUGA